UGAGACCACACCAGGAAUUGUUGAAAGCCUGAAGAUUGUAACACGAACUAAAAUCGAGCGUAUUUCUCGUUUUGCGUUCCAAUAUGCAAAGAAAUAUGACCGGAAGAGAGUUACUGCUGUUCAUAAAGCCAACAUACAAAAGCUGGGAGAUGGUCUCUUCCUGAAGGUACUGUUGUAUGCAAGGAGAAUUGGUGAGAAUGAGUAUCCAGAAAUCAAGUUUGAUUCGAUGAUUGUUGACAACGCAUCAAUGCAGUUGGUUUCUCGACCUCAGCAGUUCGAUAUUAUGUUGAUGCCAAAUCUCUAUGGUAACAUUAUUUCCAACAUCGCUUGUGGCCUCGUCGGAGGUCCAGGACUAGUCUCUGGAAUGAAUAUUGGGAACGAGUAUGCAGUAUUUGAGACUGCUGGAAAAGACGCUGCUAAUCCAACUGCUUUUAUUAGAGCGUCUGCUGACAUGCUCCGAUAUCUUGGACUGAACCACCAUGCCAACAUGAUUUCUGAUUCGUUGUACCGCACCUUGGUGGAGAAACGGCUUCACACCCCUGAUAUUGGUGGAACGGCUAAGACAAGUGACGUCGUGAAGUCUGUAUUGGAAUUCAUCGCAGAGGAAAUGGAAGAGCACAAAUGGCGAGCCAGAUAA